CUUCUUUUCUCUGCGUGGCUCUCCAAAUCGGAAGACUUUCCAUCGUCGGCUUUCUUAUUUCCGGCGUAAUUCGAGGUGGAUUCGUUUAAUAAUCUCAUCGGGUGCAAGAAUGUCAGAUUCUGGUGAAGCUAAAGAGUCUCACCCUGCUGUUGAGCAAGACUUUAAGUCACAGGAAGGCCAAACGACUCAAAACUCAAACAAAAGAACGCUUGAUGAAGCCUCCAAAAACGAAACCUCCGGUUUAGAAACCCUCAAGAAGAUGGCCAAACCAACAGCCAGGAAGAUUGAGUUCAAGACAAUAGAGGAGGAGGAGGAGGAUGCAUUGCCUCUAGAAUGUUCCAUUUGCAGAAAACCAUUCUUGAAUCCAGUUGUAACAAACUGCAACCAUUACUUCUGCAAUCUCUGUGCCCUAAUGCACCACGAGAAGAACACCAAUUGCUUUGUGUGUAACCAGCCAACCCUUGGAGUUUUCAACACAGCCGUGGAUAUCAAGAAAAAGAUAGUCAACGUACGUCAGAAAGCCAGAGCAAUGGUGAAGGAGGUGUCAACAAUGUUGGCAAAAGCAUUGGUUAUAAGGAAGAACGCGGAUGCCAUGGCGGCACAGUCGGCGGGAAUGGUGGAAGAUGUUGAAACAGUGAUGGGUAUAGUGGAUGCCCACGGGGAAACGUCGGCGGAAGAUCCAACUUCGUGGGAUGAGAUUGUGGAUUUGGUGGAAAGCAUGGAGGUGGUAGCGGCGAAGGCCAAGGAGAUGGCGGAGAAAGCGGCAGAGAUGGUGAAAGAAGCGAAUGAUACAACGGAGACGGCAAAGAGAGAGAUGGCCAAGGCGUUGGGGGUGAUGAGGAAAGUCAAGUGGAACGUGUAAACCGGUAGACGGGCUUCGGUUCAGUUCCACUACUAAUCAGAGUUUUUUUUGCUAGGCAGAUCGUUUGAUUCAUUG